AGAAAGGAGCAAUUAGAGGAGCAGGUCUUCGUAGCCUACGUGAGGCCUGUCACUGAGCCUAAAGAGGAUAAGCCAAUGGAUCCAACGAUUGCCAAACUGCUGGAAGAGUUUAAAGACUUAGCAGAGCCGCCGACAGGAGUAGUGUCGUGGCCGAUCCAGCAUUGUAUAGAGAUAGAGCCUGACAGUAGGACUCCUAAGGGAGCAAUGUACAGGAUGUCCCCAAGGGAGUUAGAGGAGCUGCGUAAGCAGUUGGACGAGAUCCUCAAACGCGGUUGGAUUAGGCCCAGUUCAUCUCCUUUUGGAGCACCAGUGUUAUUUGUCCCCAAAAAGAUUGAGAAACUUAGAGAAUCGGUCAACAAUCACCAUGACUUGGAAGUAGCCGUUCCUACUCACCUUCCCCAUGUCGGUGAAGUCGAUGGAGACGGACUCCCUGGGACCAUCGAGAAUGGGAAGAGGUAGUUUCCUGCCUUGUCGCUUGUUACGACAACAGCGGCGUUUGCACCUGUUGCAGGUCCCGAUGGGUUUGCCAUCACACUUAAGGAAGAAGUAGAAGACGCAAACGCAUCUGAAAACGCGAAGGGCGGGCAGCCGAAUCAGAGCAGCAGCUACCCCUGCCCCUCCCCUCUGCCAUUGAGGCACAAGGCAACCCCACGGUGGACAAUGCCGCAUCCGGCACCCCCCGCGAGGUGCGGACGUGCUGAAGACGAAGUUGGAGCGAUGGCCACGCUGAUAAGUCUCAGCAUUCGACACGCUGACGACCAGUUUGCGUGGAGGUCCAUAAUCCUGUCCGAGGACGUGUGGCUUUGGACGUAUAGAGAGCACCGGCCGGGGCAAGGAGUGGGCGUAGUGAGAGCCUACUUGUAUUUGGGACCGGGUGCGGCCAAAGAGGUCGUGGUGGGCCUCGCGACGACAGGGAGUAGUGAUGUGGUUAGCAGGGCGCUACGCUACCUAGGGGAAGAGGUGGCUGCUUUCCGAGCGGAGGACGCGAGCGACCCGUUGACCUUAUUUCACAGACGCCCUCCUCUUGAUAUCACGGGCGAGCUCGUAAUAGCACGGGACGAGUUUUUCCCGUACAGCGUUAGGAGCCUGCGGGCGAUAGUUCCGACGUUCGUAGUGGACAGCGUCUUCGGAGGUAUUGGUGGAGUGGUCGAGACAUACCUGGCUUAUCAGGAUCUCAAGAUCCUGGCGAGAAGACCUGCCGACCUGGACUAUAUCUAUUAUUCGCUUGCGACCGGUGGGCCUYGUUGGGGAGACGAGAGGGUUCAGCUUAUAGAGCUGAUCCGCUCAAUAGACGACGAGUGGCCCCAGCCUUCGUGCGUUUGGGAUUGGCUAGACCGUGAGCUCCGAGCAUGCCCCGAGUACGUGACUUGCAUAGGGCGGCUCUUCUCAGACGACUGGGGGAGCUGGUGGAAUGAGGACGCCGGGCGACCUCUGAUAUACGGCCAUCAGUUGACGGAAUACUACCAGGCUAUAGGACAGGCGCCAUACCGCGUCGAGGACGAGUUUGACGACGAGGGUUGGGAGCGAGAAGACAACGAGGAGCUGUGGGAGCCAGACUGGGUCGAUCCAGAUAAUGAAGAUGAGAGCGUACGGGCAUUUGGGAUGCGUUUCCAGAAGAUCUCCUACGUGCUAAUGAAGAAGGGGAAGAUCUCAGAGGUCGAGCGCUGUACUAUCUUCAUCGGACACUUGUCCAAAGGUAGGCAAAAGAGUAUUCUUAGAGAUCUUCCGCGCGACAGGCUUGAUUUCCCUGAAGUUCUAAAGCUUGCGAUAAAGGCAGAGGCAGACGAUUACAAGGACYUGGUGUGGAGAGGGAUGAGGAGACGCGACUUCUCUCUCUACAAGGAGUAUGCCACUGAUAGAUGUCCAGAUUUCAAGGACCAUCCCUGGUCAGAGAAGAAUGAGGCCGUGGCUGAGGAAGUGAAGGAGAUACGAGACAUGGUGAAGGGAUUAACGAGACAGGUUACAGAGAUUGUGACCGCUACAGGGGCCACGGCUUACCGGGACAAACCUGGAGGGCCCUAUUCACUUCGCAGGGACCGUAAGAACAACGAUCCCUGGAGGAAUGUCGAGGAUAGAAAUCCUCGGACACUGAUUGAUUAUCGUACAAGGGGGAGAGAGAGAGACGAUGAAUUAUGGCGACGCAGGGACGAUGAGAUAGACCGAGACCGCAGAGAUCGCAAGCUGUUUGUGCGAGCCAGGAGGCUAGAUGAUUACCCCCGAAGCCCUCGCUAUGAGGCCGAUCGGGGUAGAGGCGACUCCCGCGGCCGAUGGGAGAGGGACUGCAGAUACGAGAGAUCGGACCGGGAUGGAUAUAGGGACGACAGAUAUGAGAGGUCGGGUCGAGAUGGCUACAGAGGGAGUAGAUAUGAGAGAGGAGAUAGGGACUGGGGGAGUAGAUAUGAGAGAGGAGAUAGGGACUGGUUUGAAGUUGUUGCGGGACCACGGUAUUGUGCGGCAUUUGACAUGUUCUCAGAUUCGGCGUUGGCUCGGUAUUGGUUCGGCAUCGGCAUGGUACGGCUGUCUCGUGUUCGGCAUUGGUUUAGCAUCGCUGAGCUGAACCAACUGGGUCUUAGUGGCCCCGUGGUCCGGGACGGCUACCAAGUCGUCCAUGACAGCUUUGAGUGCUCUCGCACUCCUCCACUGUCGCGAAUGGAUGGUUUGAAGCUUGUCGGAGGCUCUGACGCCUCUAGUGAUGUCAGCAAACCUCUCGUGCAGGAGUUUGAGGAAAGUAGUGAGGGGUCUGCAGAACAGGGCACGCAGUUGCAAAUGACAUCAAGCAAUCACCCUGAAGCGAAUGGGCAGGCAGAGCAGUUGAACCGCGCUGUACACUUGCACCCACGAACAGAUGAAGUGCUGAACGUGACUUUCAUAAGGGCACCACCACAUGCACUACUGAAAGUGGAAGUUCCUUUGCAAUUCAUCGGGGAAGAUGGCUGCCCUGGAAUAAGAAAAGGUGGUUGGCUGAACACUAUCUGGCGAAAGGUGAAGCUUCUGUGCCCGGCCAACGAGAUCCCGCCAGUUGUGGAGGUUGACUUGAGUCAGCUGGAAAUAGGCGAUAGGGUUUUGCUGAAGGAUGUGAAAUUGAGUCCAAAUGUGAGAAUUUUGGUCAGAGAUCUCACUCUCCCCGUUUGCAAACUCAUGGGAAAGAAGGAUCCAACUACAGACUCCGAGGAAGCGGCUUAACAAUUGAUGAUAAAUGUAGAGGAGCAGUGCACUUAUUUUUGCUGAUUUCUGUUUUCGUUUUCUUGGCGCUAAGAUCAUGAAUCUUUGAGGGUUUGUGUUUCAACUCAAGUCGACUGUCUCUGUUCUCUAUGUCAUGGGCAUUGUGAUGUUCCUAAACACCACGCCAAAGAGAAAGCGUGACUGCGGUCAAAGGUUUCAUCAGGCUAUUGGCAGUCUCAUUUGUAGAUGUGUGUGUGUGUGUGUGUGUGUGUGUGUGUGUGUGUGUGUGUGUGUGAGAGAGAGAGAGAGAGAGAGAGAGAGAGAGAGAGAGAUUCCUUGAGCAGCACAAAACAAAAACAAAGUCCUCUGGCUGUUUCUUCUGAUCUUCAUUGGUAUGUCAGGGGAGAAAAAAAGAAAGAAGAGAACUAAGUUCCCUCUUGUCCGGCAUCCCGUUUGUUAUGUCAGCAGGGAGGGAUGGUUUGGAUGAAAUCCAUCCCUUUUUUUUCUGUUGCACUGGGCUACUGUAUGGAUGGUAAUCCCAGCAAAAGCUUUCUGACUGUGCUCUUGGCUUUCCAAAGAAUUUCAAGGAAUCUGUGGGAAGCAACUUGACUAGAAUUCCGUGUCACCAGAGGCUGGCAGUCUUUCUGGCCUGGUCUAGAAUAAUAUCUCAAGAAUCCUAUCAUUUGCAACGUGUAAGCAUGACUACUUUGAGAUUAUGGCACCGUUCUCCUGGGUGGAAAUGUUACUGCAACUUGUAAACAUGACUACUUCGAAAUUAUGGCACCGUUCUCCUGGGGUGGAAAAUCUUACUGCAGGGGUGGGUAAGUGCUCUUGUGAAUGAGAAAUUUAAGAAAGGGGAAAAAACAGGUCGGACAGUGCUCUUCCAAAUUGCAGAUAAAAUCCUAGCCGGCUG